AUGGGUUUUUGGAGCAGCAAUAAUAAUAAUAAGGAACCCGAGGAGGAAACCAAGCUUCCUCCUCCUCCGCCACCUCCCCAGCCUCCCACAAAAAAACCCACUCGGGACGAACAGGCUGACGCCGAGCUCGCCGAGUUUAUAGCGGCCUUUGACAAGGAGCAGAGUAGCGGCAGCUCUAAAGACCCCAGAAAACGGGAUGGGCGGGACCGGGGGGAAGUUGAGGAGGAGGAUGCGUCGCUGGGGUCUUCGUUUCCGGGUGAAAUGAACUGCAUCACGGCGUUCGAUGAAAUGUACUACUGCUAUUCCGUGGGAGGGCAGUUCUUGAAUGUGUAUCGAUAUGGUGAGUUGAGGGAUUGCUCGCAAAAGAGCCAGGACUGGAGGUUUUGCAUGAGGGCGAAGAUGUAUGGGCCUGUGACGAGAAAGGCGAUGAUAAUGGCCCGUAACAAGGAAAGAGCAGCUAAAUACAAAACGGGCGCCAGCAGUGAGGAUGUCUGGAAAGUCAGGAAGACGCCGUUGGAGAACGCAUUUCAGGAUAUGCCGCCGACAAUAGAAGAGCUUGAGAAAAUGACGACUACCCAGAUAUCAUAG